CUGGAAUAAAGAGAGCAUUCUGUCACUGGGAAAACUGGCUUUUCAACAGCUUGUGAAUGGCAAUCUGAUUUUCUAUGAAGAAGACCUGAAGGAGGCUGGCAUUGAUGUCAGUGAAGCCUCAGUGUACUCAGGAUUGUGCACACAGAUCUUUAAAGAGGAAUGUGGGCUGUACCAGGACAAGGUGUACUGCUUUGUUCAUCUGAGCAUUCAGGAGUUUCUGGCUGCUGUAUAUGUGUUCCUCUCAUUCAUCAACAACAAUGAGAAUCUAAUGAACAAACUGAAAACAAAAGACAACCCUGAAGUUACUUUCUACAAGAGUGCUGUGGAUAAAGCCUUACACAGUGAGACGGGAAACCUGGACCUUUUCCUCCGCUUCCUUCUGGGCCUCUCACUGGAGUCCAAUCAGAAGCACUUACGAGGUCUACUGACAAAGACAAGAAGCAGCUCACAGAGCCAUGAAGAAACAGUCAAGUACAUCAAGGAGAAGAUCAGGGAGAAUCCCUCUCCAGAGAGGAGCAUCAAUCUGUUCCACUGUCUGAAUGAAAUGAAUGACCAUUCUCUAGUGGAGGAAAUCCAAAGCUACCUGAGCUCAGGAAGUCUCUCAAAACCCAACCUGUCACCUGCACAGUGGUCAGCUCUGGUCUUUGUGUUGCUGACUUCAGAAAAGGAGCUGGAUGUGUUUGACCUGAAGAAAUACUCCAGAUCAGAGGAAGGUCUUCUGAGGCUGCUGCCAGUGUUCAAAGCCUCCAGUGCAUUUCUGCUGUCAGGCUGUCUAGUCACAGAGGAAGGCUGUGCUUCUCUGGUCUCAGCUCUGAGGUCAAACCCCUCACACCUGAGAGAGCUGGACCUGAGUAACAAUCACCCAGGAGACUCAGGAGUCAGACUGCUCUCUGCUGGACUGGAGGAUCCACACUGCAGACUGGAGAAACUCAAUGUGGAACAUGGUGGAGAGAACAGAAUGAAACCUGGACUUAGAAAAUAUGUCUGUGAUCUCACACUGGACCCAAACACAGUACACAGACGCCUCUCUCUGUCUGAGGAGAACAGAAAGGUGACAUGGAGGACAGAGGAGCAGCCAUAUCCUGAUCACCCAGGGAGAUUUGAGGACUGCAGACAGGUGCUGUGUAGAGAGGGUCUGACUGGGCGCUGUUACUGGGAGGUAGAGUGGAGUGGGAGAGGGGUUGAUAUAGGAGUGACAUAUAAAGGAAUCAGCAGGAGAGGAGGGGUUAAGGACUGUUGUCUUGGAUACAAUGACAAGUCCUGGAGUCUGUUCUGCUCUGACAACAGAUACUCUGUCAGGCAUAAUAAUCAUCUCACUACCAUAGACGUCCCCUCCUCCAGCCCCCACAGAGUAGGAGUGUAUCUGGACUGGUCAGCCGGCACUCUGUCCUUCUAUAGAGCCUCCUCUGACACACUGACCCACCUGAUCACAUUCACCUCCACAUUCACUGAGCCCCUCUAUCCAGGAUUUAGAGUUCAUGUUGACUCCUCAGUGUCCCUGAAAUAA